CCUUCAUUGCAAGUGAUUUAGGUAUUGGCUCCACCAUACUGGAGGAUUUUCUUUGACGAUCAUUGAGAAUCAGAGUAUGUUUGGUCAACAUGCUCAUGGAACUAAGGGUCUCGAUAAACAUCAUACCCCACUAGUUUCAUCCCUUUCUAAUUUACCUCUCAUUUGGUUUUUAUUUUCUCAGGACGUGAACUUAUUGAAGUCAUAGUGGGCAAACUUAAUGCUUCCAAACACUCCUUCAGGAUAUCCAUGCAAGCCAGAAAAAAGUGUAACUAUGAAUGACUUUGUGUUCCAUGGCUUUGUACCCGGAAACACAAUAGAACCUUUUAAUUUUAGAAUAACCACUGCAUUUGUCGAUAGUUUUUCGGGUCUUAAUGGACUUGGUAUCUCUGCAGCAAGGGGAGAUAUUGAUAUAAAUGGAACAAUACCAAUGCAUACUCAUCCUGAUGCAACUGAAUUACUUAUCAUUGUUAAAGGUCGAGUGACUGUUGGAUUUAUUACAUCGACAAAAGUUUAUUCGAAAGUUGUUAAGCAUGGUGAUAUUGUUGUUAUUCCAAAGGGACAAUUGCAUUUUAUAGCUAACUCUGGUGUUAGAAAAGCUAUUCUUUUUGAAGCUUUUACUAGCUCAAAUCCUAGUGUGCAAAUACUGGAUAAUCAGUUAUUUGGAAACAACUUAUUAACCUCCUUGAUUGCACAGACUACUGCACUUGAUGUGUCACAAAUUAAGAAGCUUAAGGCUCAAUUUGGAGGCAGCAACUAAGAUUGGUUACUUAUGAAUCAUCCUCUUCUAUAUAGUUUUAAAUUAAGU